UGUUUUUACUGAAUAAGUAUUUUAUUGCUUCGUAUUAACUAUAAAUUAACAAACUUGCUUGAAAGAGAAAAGCAUCGUAUGCCUUUAUCGUAUUUUUUAAUGUGUUCUAAAAAGAGGAAUUAUAGUUUAAUAGAAAAAGAAGAAUAUUUACUCUUUAAACAUCGAGGGAAGAAGUUGAAUUUCUUAUCAAUUUAUAGAACAAUCUAUUAAAAUUAUCCAAAAAUCAUCAAAAUCUUGGAUUGUUUGAUAAAUAUGAUGGAAAAAUAACAAUUUGAUAAAGUCGAGUGAAUGACAGUGGCAACGAUUGAAAAAUAGAACACCUGAAACUUUUACGUUUAAGAUAAAAUUUUCUAAAAGCUUACUUUUGUCUGGCAUAUUUUUAAACUACCUUCUUUUAAGAAAAGGAUGAAAACUUUUAUUCUGGAAAAGAAUCAAUUUAUGAUUUCUUAUGCGGUUAAUGGGAACUGUUUCAAGAGAUGAUGGAAACUGAACAGUUUUAUCAUUGAAGUAACAAUGAAACUACCAGAUUCGCAGUCUUUGUAUUUUUCUACAACAAUACUUAAGACUUGCAUAUUUUGUGCCAGUUUUGUGAUUCAAUGGAUGAGUUUAUUAGCUACCGAAGGAGGACAAGAACCCGUCAUAGUGAUGGGCCCCAGCAAUACUACUGCAAUGAUGGGGGACAUCGUAGUGUUCACUUGCGACACAAUCGGAGAUCCUCCGCCUCAGAUCACGUGGCAAAGAAAUGGUCGCAACAUUUACAUAAAUGGACAUUCCAGUUACAAGAUAUUGGAUAGUGGUUCACUCCAACUGGACAAUGUUGGUCCAGCCGACUAUGGCAUGUACCACUGCUCAGCGAAGAACGACAAAGGAGUUGCCAGUUCGGAAACAGCGCAUUUACAAGUGGAAGUUCCAGCUAAAGUAAGAGGUGGAAGGACAGUGUACAACGUCACGUGGGGUGCUCCUGUUAUCCUUGAGUGCACAGCGGAAGGUGAACCACCUCCAGAAAUUACGUGGUGGCAAAAUGGCACACCCCUUCGAAGUGAUGAGCCGACACUUUCGCAUUCCAUGCUAACUAUCAACGCUACGGAGAGUACAAUGUACUUGUGCCGAUCCACAAAUUUCAUGCGAAGUGCAAAUUACACGGUUACAGACAGUAAAGAUUUUCACAUUUUCGUCCUCACAAAAUCAGAGAGUAACACUGAAGUUCCAGAUCAACAGUCCGAGCCACCUCCUUCCAGCGUCCGCCGUCCACCUCAGGACACUCCUCAGGGUUACUGCUCUUUGUACACGGGGAGCGUGUGUCGUAAGUACCUACCCUCUCAAGGCCUGGUAUACUAUAAUUUCAGCACAGACGGUUCUGCCACGCCCAUUAAUGAGCAGAUCACUCAAGGCCUUUGGAAAGAGGUCAUCUCUUCUCUCCUGGAGCCUUGUCGAACAGCUGCAGAAACGCUUCUUUGCCACUAUGCUUUUCCUGCUUGUGAGUGGGUCGAUGGAUUUGCCUACAGUAAGCCAAUUUGCAGGGAAGACUGCAUAGCCGUCCAGGAUUUAUUUUGCUAUAACGAAUGGGCUAUGAUAGAAGACAAUAAGCAGCGUGGCAUAUAUUUUAAAUCACGUGGACACUUCCGUCUGCCAGACUGCAACUCUCUGCCAGAGAGGGGAAAUUCUUCAUCUUCUUCUAUCUGCUCACACGCUCAUCUUACAGAUAUUAUAGAGGAAGAAGUGACAGAGCAUUGCAUCAGAGACAGAGGGAGAUUUUACCAAGGGAGUGUGAAUGUGACAAAAUCUGGAAUACCUUGCCAAAGAUGGGAUUCGCAGGAUCCACAUCACCACAAUCGCCCUCCGAUGGUAUUUCCAGAAGUUCUGAAUUCCGAAAAUUACUGUCGCAAUGCAGGAGGAGAGGAGCCCAUGCCUUGGUGUUACACGAUUGAUCCCAGGAUACGUUGGCAGCACUGCGAUAUUCCAAGAUGUGAAAACAACAGUCACAUAUUUGCUGCUGAUUUAGAACUUAUGGACAUGUUUGAGCCUCCCCCAGAGCCAGUCUUCUCUCCUACAUUCAUCCUUAUCACGUCAGCUCUUAGUUUGGUAGUGGUUGCCAUGGUUAUUCUCAUUGUAUUAGGAUGCAGAAGAUUGCAAAAGUAUCGUCGAGGGUACAAUGCUACGCCCACAACUGAUGUAGAAAUCGAUCUAGAAAAAUUGCCUUCUAAUAUGGCUUAUCAUAGGACAUCUGCACAACUUAAUCCUCGUCUGGAGACCCUUGAAUAUCCAAGGAAUGACAUCAUCUACAUCAGGGACAUCGGUCAAGGAGCUUUCGGAAGAGUGUUUCAAGCUAAAGCUCCUGGUUUACUCAAGGGCGAAGAGUUCACAAUGGUAGCUGUCAAAAUGCUCAAAGAAGAAGCAUCAGAAGAUCUCCAAACAGAUUUUGAGCGUGAAGCCUGUCUGAUGUCUGAAUUCGACCAUCCUAAUAUUGUCAAACUUCUAGGUGUAUGCGCUGUCGGUAAGCCUAUGUGUCUGUUGUUUGAAUACAUGGGCAAAGGUGAUUUGAAUGAAUUUUUGAGAAACUGUUCCCCUACAAAUUACAUAGUCCGGACAGCUAAUGGGGACAUUUACAAUGAUGUUAGGUUGACACAUAUGGAUCUGCUCAAUAUUUCGAGGCAAAUCGCAGCUGGUAUGACAUACUUGUCGGAAAGAAAAUUUGUUCAUCGUGACUUAGCAACCAGGAAUUGCCUAGUCAGUGAAGAUAUGGUGGUGAAAAUUUCUGAUUUUGGAUUAUCUCAGAAAAUUUACACUGCCAAUUAUUACAAAGGAAAUGAUCAUGAUGCCAUACCCAUUCGUUGGAUGCCCUUAGAGUCCAUCCUUUACAAUAAAUUUACAGUUGAAUCCGACGUGUGGGCAUACGGCGUUGUCUUAUGGGAAAUAUUUUCAUUUGCCCUCCAACCUUACUACGGACUGACUCAUGAAGAAGUUGUUAAGUACAUCAAAGAAGGGAAUGUCCUUCAGUGCCCGGAUAACACGCCCAUUCCUGUUUACCAACUAAUGAAGGCUUGCUGGAACCGCAAGCAUUCCAACAGACCGAGCUUUAAAACUAUUUAUAAAACCUUGGGGAUUAUACAGGAAGAGCUACAAAGGCAUGCGUACAAAGAACAUAAAGUCCAUGUAUGAAGAAUCAUAACUGAUACUGAUCCCAGUGCCAUUUAUUUUCGCACAAGUUCUCAGCUUCUUUGCUAGUCAAUGUAUUGUAAACAUUUUGGAAACAAUAUGUGCUUCGACUUAAAAUGUUGCUGUGUGGAUGAUGUACAAAAGACGUAAUUCCUCAUGAAUGUUUGUCUGCAUUUUGAAAAGUUCAUUAUUUAUGUUGAAGUACUGUGGUUGCAUUUGUAGAAAAUUUUUACGUGAUUAGUAUGAUAUUUAGUCGCAAAAAGAAAAUCAUUUUUCUUAAUUGGAGAAUCGAGAAAAAGUAUUAUCAAACAAAGUGAUUCUAUUAAAGAAAUUUUUAAAAAAAACAAGACAAAAAACAGAACACGAAACCAAAUUGACAAAAAAAAAAAAAAAAAAAAUUGUUCUGUCUAAGCGAUAUUCAGUCUUAAUAUGUUUUAUAUUGUAUAAAUGAAGCAUACACUUAAUGAAUAUUUAAAAAUUUAUGUGUCAUCAAUUCAAACAAAAAAAUUAUAAUUGAGAAUUACUAAUUCACCCAAUGUUCUGCUAUUUAUCUACAUCAAACAGAAUUUAAUACUUCAAUGGUCAAAUUAACUAAUGUAUAUGCAAAAGUAAAUGCCAAUAGAUUUGUUAAAUUCGUUUAAAUGAAAUAAAAAAAGAAUCAUUAAUUUUGAGUUUCAAAAAACACGAUGCAUCAAAUAAAUGU